CCCCACCCUCUUUCACUUGCCAUAAUGACUUCCCAAAUUAUUAUUUCCCUUCACUUGUUAACACUAUCGACGAUAAUCCCAAUUUUAAGGUGUCCCUUCCGAUCUCUUCCAGCCUCCGCAAAGACCAAGACAACUAAACUGGAACCGGGGCCGCUGAAGAACGGGCCGACCUGAACCAUCGAACCAAUAAGGUCUUGACAGUCCGUGGAUCAAUCUCUUAGUAUUUAUCCAUUGUCAACUGACGACCGGUUCUUCGUCCCACAUCCUUUCUCUCGUCUCUGUGUGAUUUCUUACCUUCUUUCCUUCCCUACAACCCUCCGACUCCUCCUUCACGAUACCUUCCCUCCAUACCUUCUUUGCUUCCUUUGGCCUUGUAGUUGUGGAUAGAAAUCCCCUAGUUGACAUAAACUCAAUUUCAUAGUUGGGCGUAUCGGGGGGAAAUCAUCCGGUCUGCCGGGGCGUUUGGAUGUACAUACAUACUUGCUAUCAACGGUAAGGACGCUUGGACGAAGCGAAUCCACUUUAUGGUGAGUAGUUUGUUUCAAGGCUAACAACGGUCGCAGAAUGUUCAUGACCUUCGCCAUAAUAAAUUAACCUCUAGACCUAUCCAGACCCCAAUCCACCGGGCCCGUCCGUUCCUUUUCUGCCGAAGCCUUUUCCCUCAUCUCUACGCCGGUCGCGUUCCACAUUACCUUUCUCCUCGCAUACACAUACAACUAUUAUGGCUUCACUAAGUGAUGGAGUGCUGCCUUUGGAGGCAGAUGCGUUAAAUCGGCAAAAUGACGAACUUAAUGGCCGACAAUCACAGGGCAGCUUAAUGAAAGCUUCUAUGGGAACAGACUGGCUUAGAUUUUUUGGAGGCGGGCAGAAAAAAGUGACGAGGGAUGGCCAGCCAGCAAAACGGCGAGGCCCCAAACCGGACAGCAGACCAGCCCUUACAAGGCGCCAGGAAUUGAAUCGUCAGGCUCAAAGGACACAUCGUGAACGCAAGGAGCAGUACAUGCGAGCGCUAGAGACUGAAGUCUCACGGUUACGGGAGGCCUACACACAAGAGAUAUCUGCGGCGAACUUGACUGUCCACCAGCAUCGAGAGAUGGUCCGGUCCUUGUCCAAUGAAAACAACAUAUUAAAAGAAAUCCUCGCUGCGAAUGGCAUCAACUACGAGGCGGAAGUGGAGCGUCGCAGGGCAGAACGCACGAGUCCAACAAACGGAACAUAUCAACCUAGUCCUUUUGCCAGCAGUAGUAUCGGAUCGCAGCCUGCAGCUGUCGCUCCAUCAGCCCCAUCAGCUCAACAAGCUUACACAACGCCGCCCACUACUGUUUCCGCCCCAUCGUCCAGCCUUAGUCCUAUUGCGAAUGGGAUAGAGCACAUUGACGUCUCGCCAACUCAAGAAUUAACGCCCCAGAAUCAAAAUUACAGCGCUGCUCCCUGUGAUGCCCUGGCAACUCUUGACCGGAUAGCCCCAGCAAGUCGCCAACCUCUCCAGCCAGCGGGUAUAUUCGAGAACGAUCCUCAGUUGCAAGUCGAUUUUAUUCUGACGCUGGAGUCUCCAUGUCGCGAGCAUACCGAUUACCUUUGCCGGCGGUCUAUUACGGAAGCUGACGACGAGGAUAUGCCUUUCUCCGGACACGCAUUAAUGGCCUCCUGUCCACCACCCAGUUAUAUUUCCAACACAACCCCUGAACAACCUUUUCCGCAUCAGACAUACGACCUCCCGCAUGCCAAUCUGACAACGUUACUCAACCUGAGUCGACAGCUUGUGACUGACGGCCAAAUCACGCCCAUCAUGGCGCUUCAAUGCUUAAAAAACCAUGAGAUGUAUGGCUCGUUGACCAGAGGGGAUAUCAAGAUUAUUAUUGAGACGCUCAAUACUAAAGUUCGGUGUUAUGGGUUUGGGGCGGUGGUGGAAGAUUUCGAGCUCAUGGACUGCCUGAGUAGCGUUCUCGGAUCUAAGGUCGACGUGGGAUUCUCCCGCGCCGGAGAUGACACGCUGUAUUCAUGAUAUCAUGAAAUGGAGGGGGUUAUCUUCUUAUUAUUCUUAUUUUUGGCCCCGAGGCUUAGGGUGGUGUAUAUAGAUUAAAACACAGUGAGCAUGGUUCUCUAUCGGCUAUGAUUUGAUAAUGUAUUGAUGUGAAAACCUGAUAUAUAUCAUUUAAUUUACU